AUGCGAUCGGGGCUCCCCAAGCCGUUCCAAUCAACGUCGUUAAGUCAAAUUUUUAAUCACCAGCUGACGUCGACGGCGAUGGAGGGCGCGGUAGGAUUAACCGUUAACAGACGGAGCGAUUUCGAUCCCAGCGAGCCUAUUUACACAGAUCCAUCAUUGUUCGAAGUGUCACGUGAUUCGCUACAUCAAUCAAACUCCGCCCGUAAUGAAAAUCUCCAUCUCAUAUGA